AUGAGCACUAUUCAAGCGACUGAAGAGGAACGUGUGCAUCUGCGACGGGUAUCUGCAGACUUUCCUCCUACACCACCAGAUUCGGAGAGUGAUACCGAAAGGUCGACUAGCAAGGCAGCAUCAACAGAUUUCGCUCUACCUCCACCAUCACACCCGCCAACCGAGAUCGAUCCAUUAGAUCACAAGACACCCGACGGAUGGCUACCACGAGACUCGAGACUGAUUAGAUUGACCGGAGCACAUCCCUUCAAUUCUGAAGCUCCUCUUACGGCUCUGUACGACGAAGGUUGGUUGACCAGUCCGGAACUGUUUUACGUAAGGAAUCAUGGCCCAGUGCCUCAAGUCAACGAUGAGGAUAUUCCAGACUGGGAGUUCACAGUUGAAGGACUUGUCGAGAGGCCCGUCACCAUCAAGUUCAAAGAUCUUGUCCGAGAAUACGAUCAGGUCACAUGUCCUGUGACACUAGUCUGUGCUGGCAACAGACGAAAAGAACAGAACGUUGUUCGCAAGACCAAGGGUUUCUCAUGGGGUGCUGCUGGUGUGUCUAAUGCAUUGUGGACCGGUGUCAUGAUGCACGAGAUCUUGAAAAAGACUGGCCUGAAAAGAGGAGCAAGAUAUGUGUGUAUGGAGGGUGCCGAUAAGCUGCCAAAUGGAUACUACGGCACCUCGGUCAAGCUCAACUGGGCAAUGGAUCCUAACAGGGGCAUGAUGCUAGCCUACAAGAUGAACGGCGAAAUGUUGACACCAGAUCACGGCAAACCUUUACGAGCCAUCAUCCCUGGCCAAAUAGGAGGUCGCAGUGUCAAGUGGCUCAAGAAGCUCAUCGUCACCGACAAGCCAAGCGACAACUGGUACCACAUCUACGACAACCGAGUCCUACCAACGACUGUCUCCCCGGAGGAGUCUGCAAAUGACAAGAACUGGUGGAUGGACGAAAGAUAUGCCAUCUACGACUUAUCCACAAACUCCGCAAUGGCACACCCCGUACACGAAGAACAAUUAUGUAUUGUCGGUGCACCAAAGAAUUACCGAGUCAAGGGAUACGCCUAUGGUGGUGGUGGUCGACGCAUUACUCGCGUCGAAGUCACACUGGACAAAGGCAAGAGCUGGCGUCUGGCCAAUGUCGACUACGCCGAAGACAGAUAUCGAGAAGCAGGCCCCGUUGAUCUUUACGGCGGAAGACUAGACAUGGAGUGGAGAGAAAGCUGUUUCUCUUGGGCAUUCUGGAACAUCGACAUCUCGGUCGACGACUUGAAAGACGCAAAGGACAUCAUGUGCCGAGCCAUGGACGAGAGCAUGAAUGUUCAGCCUCGCGAUAUGUAUUGGAGUGUCCUUGGCAUGAUGAACAACCCCUGGUAUCGUAUUGCCAUUCACCGAGAGAAUGACUAUCUGCGCUUCGAGCACCCCACACAACCCGCCUUGAUGCCUGGCGGCUGGAUGGAGCGGGUAAAGAAGCUAGGAGGCAAUCUUGCCAACGGCUACUGGGGUGAGCAACUUGGUGGCUCAGAAGCCCCUGAACCCGUCACAGAAGCGGCAGCAGAUGUGAAGAUGACCAAGGACGGAAUCGACAAGAAAAUUACUAUCGACGAUCUACGCAAACACGACACUGAAAAGGAACCAUGGUUUAUUGUGAACGGAGAAGUGUAUAACGGCACAGCAUUCAUGGAAGGUCACCCCGGAGGUGCCCAAAGCAUCAUUUCGGCAGCUGGACUGGAUAGCACUGACGAAUUCAUGGGUAUCCAUAGUGAGACUGCCAAAGCCAUGAUGCCUGAUUACCACAUUGGUACGCUGGAUGAGGAGGGCAAGCGAGCAUUGAGCGGUGAGGAAGUACAGCCGGACGAAAAUGCGACUCCCUCGGAACUUUUCUUGCAUCCACGAACAUGGAAGAGAGCUAUCUUGCAAUCAAAGACCACGGUAUCCUGGGACAGUCGCAUCUUCAGAUUCAAGCUCGAAACUGAAGAUCAAACACUCGGCCUCCCUACUGGUCAGCACCUCAUGAUACGUUUGCGCGAUCCGGUCACGCGCGAGGCCAUCAUCCGGUCUUACACACCAAUCUCAGAAACGGCCGAAAAGGGCUUUGUUGACAUACUGAUCAAGGUGUACUUCAAGAACGGCACGCAAGAGGGAGGAAAGAUGUCGCAAGCUCUGGAAUCUCUACCCAUCGGACACUUUGUCGACUUCAAAGGACCGAUUGGCAAGUUUCAGUAUCUGAGCCAAGGCCUCUGUGCCAUCAACGGUGUUGAGCGACGCAUCUCACAAUUUGUCAUGAUCUGUGGCGGGUCAGGAGUCACACCGAUCUACCAGGUCUUCCGUGCAGUUAUGCAAGAUGCUGACGACAAGACCAAGUGCACAUUGCUCGAUGGCAAUCGUCUUGUCGAAGAUAUUCUGUGCAAGAACGAACUUGACAGCUAUGCCAAGGACAACGAACACAAGGCAAAACUUCUGUACACGCUUACACAAGCGCCGGACCACUGGGAUGGUCUGAGAGGACGUAUCGCUGCACCACUCCUUGCUGAGCAUGCUACCAAGGAAGCACUGAAGCUUGACCCGACCGAACAAGCAAUGGUGUUGAUCUGUGGACCUGAAGCACUUGAAAAAAGUUGCCAUGCUGCACUGCUAAACCAGGGCUGGCGCGAUGAUGAGUUGCUCUUCUUCUAG